ACCAUUUAUCAUCACUUUUGCUGUGUUUGGGAUCGAGGCCGCCCAACUAUUUGCCUAAGGGGCAUUCGAUCCAGAGAAUCCUUCCGAUGCUGCAGAACGUGAUGGAGACGAAAGCGAAGUAGGGAGUCAAUCAAAGGCCAGCAACGAUGGAUCGUCUUCUGAAAUCAGCACGCUCGUCGGGAUCUCUCAAUCUCUCCAAUCGAUCCCUCAAGGAGUUGCCCGAUGAGAUUUACGGAAGCUUGGAAUCGAACGCGGAGGAUGAUAAGUGGUGGGAGGCCGUGGAUCUGCAAAAGCUUAUUUUGGCUCAUAACAACCUUGAGAUAUUGAAAGAGGACCUAAAAAAUUUGAAUAUGUUAACUGUCUUAAAUGUCAGUCACAAUAAACUAUGUUCACUACCAGCAGCCGUUGGCGAGCUUACUUUGUUGAAGGCAUUGGAUGUGUCGUUUAACAUGAUAUCUAGUAUCCCUGAAGAGAUUGGCAGCGCAACUUCUCUGGUCAAGCUUGAUUGUUCAAAUAACCAACUUAGGAAACUUCCUUGCAGUCUUGGAAGUUGCUUAGACUUAUCUGAACUUAAGGCAUCAAAUAACUGCUUGGCAGAACUUCCAGAUGAACUUGCCAACUGCUCAAAGUUGAUUAAAUUGGAUGUCGAGGGGAACAAGUUGACAUCAUUCACUGAGAGCAUGCUAAUUUCAUGGACUUCGUUGACAGAACUCAAUGCUGCUAAAAAUCAGCUCACCUGCAUUCCACAUAGCAUAGGUCUCCUCACAAAACUUAUCCGUCUGGAUCUUCAUCAAAAUAAAAUUUCAUCAAUUCCAUCUUCAAUUAUGGGUUGUUGUUUACUUGCUGAAUUUUAUAUGGGGACUAAUUUACUGUCAACUCUUCCGGCUGAAAUUGGUGCACUUUCUCGUUUAGGGACUUUGGAUCUUCAUGCAAACCAGUUAAAGGAGUUUCCUGUGGAAGCCUGCAGACUGCAACUCUCUGCCCUGGAUCUAUCCAAUAACACUUUAUCUGGCUUGCCAGCUGAGAUAGGUACAAUGACUACUCUGAGAAAGCUUUUACUGACUGGGAAUCCCAUAAGAACUCUUCGAAGCUCUCUAGUAUCUGGACCAACACCAAUGCUGCUGAAGUAUCUUCGAAGUCGCCUCUCUGCUGAUGAAGAAUCUGGAUUGGGAACUAGUAAAACUAUGAAAGAUGAUCAAAUUGCAAGAGCGGCUAGGUUGUCCCUGUCUUCCAAGGAGUUAACAUUAAGUGGUUUAGGAUUAACCACUGUCCCACCUUCUGUAUGGGAGACAGAAGAACUGGUGAAAGUUGAUAUUUCCCGGAAUUCAAUUGAAGUCCUACCAAGUGAACUAUCAACUUGUUCCUCACUUCAGACUUUGAUUAUUUCUGGAAACAAGAUAAAAGAAUGGCCUGGUGCAGUGCUGUCUGCUCUUCCUAACCUCUCUUGUUUGAAACUGGACAACAAUCCAUUAUCACAGAUUCCAUCUAAUGGCCUUGAGUGCCUUACAACAAUCAGAAUUUUGGAUUUAAGUGGCAACAAGUCAUCCUUGCCAGAAUCUUUUUCAUUCUCCAGUGUACCACAAUUGGAGGAACUUUACCUAAGGCGAAUGCAACUGAGUGAACUCCCUCCAGGACUGUUGACCUUACAGCGACUAAAAAUUCUCGAUCUUAGCCAGAAUAAUCUUGUCUCAGUGCCUCAGGAAAUAAAGGGCUUAAUUUCCAUUAUUGAGCUUGAUGUUUCUGACAACAACAUAACUGCGCUUCCUCCGGAAAUGGGACUGCUCGAGCCAAGCUUACAAGUACUGAAACUUGAUGGCAAUCCGCUGAGAAGCAUUAGGCGAACUAUCCUAGAUCGGGGAACUAAAGCUAUUCUCAAAUAUCUCAAAGACAAACUCCCAGAUCAAUGAUUGCGCAGAGAUGAUUACAACUUCUGUUUAUUAUUAGACCGGGUGCUUCAGUACUCUCCUGAAUCGUAAAUAGUGUUGGAUGCGAGGCAUUUCACGACAGAGCUUUCUGGUAUAAAAAUAGAAUACGUGAAAUGCUCUGGUUGUGUUCACAAUUCAUCGCCCUUUCAAUUUAUUCAUGUUAUUCCUGGUUUGCCAACUGGUAAUUCGUGGUUCUAUUUAAUUAUUUUUUUGAUUUGAAGGUAAACUGCUGCCGAUGUAUGUGUAUUGUUUUGUUGUAUCUGUUUUCACAGUACUAAUUAUUGAUUAUUUUUAUUGUAGCAAA